GGCUCCUCAAGGCCUUGGUCCUGAAGCUCUACGGCUCGGACGAGGACAUGACAGCCCGACGGGCAGCUCCCUCCCCGGGGGCCAAGUGUGUGCGGCAGAAUCGCGACGGGACGUGCCAGGAAUGCCCCAGCCCUCUCCUCGCGGUCCAGCACCUCUGCCUCUCCUACUGCCCGCCCAGGUACUACCGCUUGUCCCGCUCGGCUCUCCACCCCAACGGGACCCGGCGCACCCUGGAAGCCUGCGCCGCCUGCGAUCCCUCUUGCUACACCUGCCUGGCGGGGUCGGCUCACAACUGCAGCGCCUGCCCGUCCCACAGCACCUACGAGGGGCGCACCCACACCUGUCCGCGCACCCCCUCCGUCUCCUACCUGCCCCGCGGGGGCCUUUUCGCCCUGGGGGACACCCGCCUUCUCCUCCUGAUCGUGGGCGCCUUGCUGGGCCUGGGACCCCUGUCCUUUUGUAUCUUCUACGCCUUGUGCCGCACGUGGCGGCGGAAACUGGUGAGGUCUGACGCGGAGUCCGAGGCCGUCAGCCUGGAACUGCUCUACUUCCACCGUCCCGGCGCCAAGGAGAGCUUGGACAGAGCAUCCUAGAGACCGAGACGGGGCCGGCCGCAACCUCCUCCUGAAUGACUUGAAACCUUCUCCAACUCCUGUUAAUUUAUUUCUCCAAAUGGAUUCCUGGGUCUUCCACAAUAAAUGCUCAGCCUUGAGA